GCAGAGUUGGCUCAUCGGACACACCGUGUGCUUAGCCAAAAACGAAUUCAACAUCAUUCAACUGGCUCAAUAGAAGCAACAUUGUCCGGCUUCGUUCUCCUGAACAAACGCUUCUUCCUUGUGCAUCAUGCGGUAUGGCCCCGGCUGCUUAUUGCUGGCGGACAUGGGGCUCACAUUGGCCGCUUUGGUCAAUGCGGAGGCAGCCUGUGACGUGUCUUUGUUGCAGACGGGGUUGAAUCUCGAGGAGGCUCAGUCCACAGGUCGCGUCAAAACAUGUUGCAAGCGGACAGGACAGCAAUCAGGAUUUGAGCAAGAGGUGCAAGCUUUGAGUGAGCACUUGGAUCAGUUGGACCAUCAGCUUGGAGAUCUGCCGAAUGCCAGCAGGUACUAUCAGAAGAUGCAGGAGUUCCAAGACCUGUCGCAGAUGGAGUUCCAGAGUGAGUUGACCCAAUUGACCGUGGUCAGCCGUGGGUUCAACAGUUGGUGCAACGCUCACUCCGACCUGGUGCUGGGCUUCUUGAGCUUCCUGGCUUGUUCGGUGCUCAUCGCCUUGUGCAUCCCUUGCGGCCUGGCGCCUGUGCAACUCAUCGCUUGGGCCAUCAGCGAGGAGAAGCCAGAGCCCAGCCAUGCGAGGAAGGAGACGCCCGGAUGAAGCUGCGCGCAGCGCUGAAACAGCGCGGAAACAGUGCCGCCGAGCAAAAGGG